GGAUGAACAGGAAGGAAAUUCACAUGGCCCCAUUUCAUGUCUACUCAGUAGGCCCAUGAUUUGAUCUCCAGCUUCCUCCACUGAUCCAUCGUUCCCCCACUUCAUCCUAUUCCUUUCACCUCUGUCCAUAUUUUUCUUUUCUAGUUUUAUUACUAUAUUAAUUUAAAAUUAUAAUAAUAAUCAUAUCAUAUUCCAUAGAGAAGAGAAGAAAAGAAAAAAAAAAAGAAAAAAUCAUUGAGGCAAUGUCAUCAAGUGAUAGAGGAAAAGGGUUUGCAGAAGGAGGAUCGUCAAGGUUCGAGAUGAUGGAUCAACAUCAUCAUCAUCAUCAUCAUCAUGAACAGCCGGCUCCCGCGGCCACUACUCCGAGCCGGUAUGAAUCUCAGAAGAGGCGUGACUGGAACACAUUCGGGCAGUACCUGAAAAAUCAAAGGCCUCCGGUGGCCCUGUCUCAGUGCAAUUGUAACCAUGUGUUGGAUUUUCUUAGGUACUUAGAUCAGUUCGGGAAGACGAAGGUCCACCACCAAGGCUGCAUGUUCUAUGGCCAACCCGAGCCCCCAGCCCCUUGCACUUGCCCGCUGAGGCAAGCGUGGGGGAGUCUGGAUGCUCUCAUAGGCCGCCUCAGAGCAGCCUAUGAAGAGAAUGGAGGGUUCCCAGAGACAAACCCUUUUGCGAGCGGUGCAAUAAGAGUUUAUCUGAGGGAGGUGAGGGAGUGCCAAGCUAAGGCUAGAGGGAUUCCUUAUAAGAAGAAGAAGAAUAAGAAAGCAGAUCAGGAUAAAGGGAUGAGUGAUGAAGCAACUAAUUCUUCUACUGGAAUGCAGUUUUAGUAGAUCUUCUUCACUCUUCUUAAUCCUUUUGUCCUUUUCUGAUAUGGUUGAAUGAAGAAUAAGCAAUGAAAGGAAUUUAAGAUAUAUGUUAAUCUGGGUGGCCAAUAUCUUGAAGUUUCAUUCUGGUGUUGAUUUUAAUUAGUGUUACUUUCUGCUUUUCUACUCUUACAUGCAUGAAUGGGGUUUGAUAGCUAUAUAAUCGAAGGAAAAAGUACGUACGUGUGCGUAUGUAUGUACGUGCGGACCUGAAUGAUAUGUAAUUGAUCAGUGAUCAUUUGUAGGCAACAUAUAUAUAUAUGCUGCCCUGGUAUAUAUAAUAAAGUUUUUAAUUUCAUUUGGGAAUUUUAAUCUUCGACACAUUAAUAAAUUAGUAUAUGUACUGCACCAGAACUCCUCUUAUAAAAAUUUAAUUUCGGUCUGUGCAUGAUCAUAAAUUUCUUAUUGA